ACGGUCUGCAUCUUAUUCAUAAAAAAUACUUUGAAAUUCUAGACACAAUUAAAAAGAUUAGAGAAAUGAACAAUGAUGGAGCCCAAAGGCAGUCUAUAAUUGACCAAGUGAAUAGACUAUUUGACUCUGAAAAAGACUUUAAAAUAGUCAUUUCUAUUAUCGAGAAUAGAGAGCCAAUUACAACUGAAAAAAGAAUGCAGACAUACAUGAUUGCUGAAGUAGACUAUAUGGCAAAUAACACUGAUCUCUUGGGUGGAAUAGGUGAGCCAAAGACCCUAAAACUUGAGGGAAAUCGGAGUGAUUUUGCAAGAGACUUUACAAAAGUUAAUGAAAAAUUAGAGAAAAAAGUGAACACAGAAAUUGCUAGAUUAGAAGCAGAAGAAGGAGCAUCAGAAGCAGAAACAAAAUCACUAAAGCAGAAGAUAAAAAAAGAAAACUUACAAUAUAAUGACAUUGUUUUUCUUCAAGAUAACUUGUCCUCUUUAAAUGACUUAAGCCAAGUCCAGGUAGACUACUUGCACAAGAAAAUGGAAGAAUCUUUGGAAGCUCAUAAUGCGAGAGCAAAAGGACAGCUAUUCCCAGCACCUACAAAAAGAAAGAUAGUUUCAGCCCUAAAGAUUGUAGUGUCUGUGUCCUUAGUUGUUCUUCUUAUAGUACUAACAGUAGUCCUUGGCUACAGAAUAGAGAACAGAAUGAAAACCACCAACAACUAG